AUGGAGGUUUUAAAACAGCUACAUAUCUCUGUCUCUCAAAAUUUUGAUAAACUUUUCGAUGAAGCCUAUAAAUCCUUACAUACGGAACUCACGCGUCGCGACGAGUACGUCAAGGAGCUAGACGAGAAGCUAGCAGGUACAGACAGAAACAAUGUUUCUGCAGAGGUUCUGAAGCUCAACCGCGAGAUUUCCCUCUUAAGAGAGGAAAUUCGUCGCAAUAAUGUGGGCCUGGAGGACAUUGAGGGACUGGAAAAACUGGUCCUAUUAAAGGACGUCUAUUCACCAGAACACCUCCUGUGGGUAUUUGAGACUGGCGAGCAGGAAGAUGGACGCUUCACAGCGGACAAAAUGAAGGCCGUCUGGGAUCAAUAUCUGGCGCUUUAUAAGGAUUUCCAGACACUGAUUGAUGCGUCCAAAGAUCUCAAGGCAAAGAUUAAACGACAUAAAAGAAAGUUACAGUACUGGGGUGCUCAUCUUAACAAAGAAGAAUUCACGCUUGUACUUGAUGGCCGUGCAGUCAAAUUCAAACAAGUCCCAGAAAAUAGCAGAGAUGAUAUGACACGUACCCCCUCAAAAAAUUCGCCCCUGUGUCCCACUGAUCUGCCGGUGAAGGUUGGAGGUGCUUCUGCACAGAUACAUUUAACUCCAACGUCCGACUUGACUGCAUCCAGACACAACGCACAAGGCAAUGGCGGAUUGCCGCCUGCUGCUUCCAUGGAGCCAUUGUCAACACAGUCAGAAAGUUCAAUCGACAGCGAUGAAACCGCUUCAACUCCUCGACUCCCCGAAUCUUCGACAGAAUCGCAAGCUGGGGCAUUGAAAAGAAAGCGUGAUACAGUUACAGACCAUGCUUCGACUAAGCGCGGCCUCCACCGCACUCGGGCGGACGACCAGUUGGCGCAGCCCGUUCUGAUAAAGAGCGAGAGCAUGUCCUCUAGCCCUAUACGAAUUCACCUUGAACAUAAUGUAGCUGGAACUCAGGACUUGGACGAGGUUGGCAGCGCAGUCGAGACGCCGACGAAAAGAAAAUCCUAUCAUCUGGACGGCCGGUCCCAUGAGCUUCCAUCAGGCACUACCAAGUCUCCUUUGCCCCGCAAUCCAACGGCUCUACGGUUGAAUCGCCAUCAGAUGGAGCCGACCCAGCUGAAGCGGCCUAUAGUACUUCAACCUGUGGACACUAAUUUGCCAAGCGCAAAUGGCCCUAGGAUAUGGUCGGAGCAAAAGCAAUCGAAUAGGUCAGAGAGACGUAGCAGGUACGCCUUAGACUCGGUAGCGGAAGAUGGUGAUGAAAGUUUGAGGCUCGUCCCAAGGAGAGGCCAAGUGAAGCAGGCAUCCCGUGUCCAGUUGACACAGACAAGCACGAGCAUGGACGACGUACUGAUACACCAGCGGCUGGACGAUCUCCUGGAACGGCCUUUGCGACCCCGACAUCCAUUGCACAUACAGAAGAAGAAUGGAAACAUUGCUGAGAUCGGGACUGACCAACGGGACAUUUCCCGUGACCCAUGUACACAAGCCCCGGGGCGUGUCAAGGAAGCCUCAGAAUCCAGUGAGCCAACCGAAUUCGCCAUUGGUAGGCCUUCCAUAUCCGUCGGGGACCGGGAAAAGUCAGAAGCCUCUCCGCAGGAAGGUUCGCGGUCGCAUUCGUUCAAAGUUCCUGAUACGGUCGCUGUACACUCGGAAGACAAACCUUUUCGAGCUCGACCGCUCCACCGACUCGGUCUUAGACAUUUUAAGAUUAACCCGAAUGCUAACCAAGGGCUAGACUUCGCGUAUGACACAGUUGUCCGCAGAAAGGAUGAACGCAAGUGUAUCAGUGGCUGCACGCGCCCGGGUUGCUGCCGAGAGAAAUUCCAUGCUAUGGCGCGUCUUGGUGGCCCGCCAACCACUACGGACGGCUCAAACGAUGGAGAAGAAGAGCAGAAAAUGUUGGAGGACUACCUCGGUGAAGAGAAACAUCUACUCGACCAGCUGAGCGCCGAAGAACGUCAGAGCCUCCUCCAUGAGGCCAGAGCGAGGCGCAUGGCCAACCUCUACAGUAAACAUAGACAUGACCAUCAGCGUCCCAGCACGCCUCCAGGAUUUUGGCGAACGGACAUGCCUGACACACAAGAACUGGAACAUGAUCGCGAAGUAGCGAACAAUCUCGAGAGGGAAAAAGUGAAGGAGCGGUAUCGAGAAGCAAUGCGUGGCGGAAUCUGGAAAUUCGCUGAUGAAUGA